AAGGGCCCGGAACCACUUCCCGGAGCCCCGCAGCACUUCUGGGUCAGAGCCCGGCGGUUCCGCUGGUCCGUCCCCGGUCCCUGCCCGGUCCCUUCCCGGUGCCGCUGCCGGGGCCAUGGGACCGGGGCUGGUUCUCCUGGCCGGGUGCUGGGCGCUGGCGCUGGGGGUGCAGGACAGCAUGGUGCAGCUGCCCGGCGGCAGGUUUUGGAUGGGGUCCGGUUCGCUGGAGCAGAGGGAUGAAGAGCAGCCCGGCCGGGAGGUGACGGUGAAGCCGUUCGCCAUCGACAAGUACCCCGUCACCAACCGGGAAUUCAGGGAGUUUGUUAGAGAAAAGAAGUACAAAACCGAAGCAGAAGCGUUUGGCUGGAGCUUCGUCUUUGAGGAUUUCGUAUCUGAAGAGCUGAAAAAAAAAGUCACCCAAAAGCUGGAGUCUGCCCCAUGGUGGCUGCCCAUCGAGAAGGCUUUUUGGCGACAACCCUCAGGUCCUGGCUCCAGCAUAAAGGACAGGCUGGAUUACCCGGUGCUGCACGUGAGCUGGAACGACGCGCAGACGUUCUGUGCCUGGAAGGGGAAGAGGCUCCCGGCGGAGGAGGAGUGGGAAUUCGCUGCCAGGGGAGGGCUGGAGCGAAGGGUCUAUCCCUGGGGAAACAAGUUUCAGCCAAACCGUACGAAUCUGUGGCAGGGCGAGUUCCCGAGGGUGGACACGGCUGACGACGGUUAUCACGGCGUCUCGCCGGUGGCAGCAUUCCCUCCUCAGAACAGCUACGGGCUCUACGACCUGCUGGGGAACACGUGGGAGUGGACGGCGUCCGAGUACACGACUCCGGGGCCGUUGAGGCAGCGUGCUCAGAAAAUGCAGGUGCUGAGAGGUGCCUCAUGGAUUGACACCGCGGAUGGGUCUGCAAAUCAUAAAGCUCGCGUGACUACCAGAAUGGGGAACACGCCGGACUCGGCCUCCGACAACCUCAGUUUCCGCUGUGCUGCCGACAUCCCCCCCGGCACGGCCGAGAAACACCGGACCAGACCCGAGCUCUGAGGAGCUCACUCGGGAAGACCCAAAGGCAUUUUCUCCUGUGGAGAUGAACAGUAUCCCCCGGCAGCCACAUCCAUUAAACCCAGUUUUAAAACUGAAAAAUAAAUACUUUCAGCUAAAA